AUGAAACGGCGGAGUCAGGGAUGCGAGCAGACUCGGCGGAAGCAAGGAAUAGACGGUGUGGAUUUCGCGAGUAGGACGAGCGAGAUGAGCAAGAAAAACCUGGCGAUUCUGAUGCGUGCUAGGAUGAGGUCUACCAAUCCCACAAAACUUUCACUUUUUCAAUUUCCCAAGGAGAUCCCAUCUAAUCCUCAAGAGAAUGAUCAUAUUGUGCGAAAUUCCAAUCAAGGAAUCGGAACUUCUAGUGAUUUUGGUAACACAGGAAGGUCAUAUGAUGUAGUUCGUGAAACAAUGCACUCAGCUAUCUCAGCUAGUAAGACAGGUGUAAUAGACAUUACUCUUACUGAUUUUCAAGAGGGUUACUUUAGCCUCUCGCUUGAAGACCGUGAGAAACUACUGCUUGCAUUAGCCAAAGAAUAUGAUGUUAACAGAGAGCAAGUCCGAGAACUCGUCAAGCAAUAUCUUGGACUCGAAACUCCAUCCAGUGACGAUGGAGGACAACAAGUCCAUUCUCCGAAGAAGGAGGCUUUGUCUUCUGUUUUCUAUCGCAUUGAGUGGAAUCUGAGACAUGCUCUCAAGCCAACUUAUGAAACUCUCUUUGAGAGGUUGAAUACACAUCCAGGAGGGUUGAGAUUCUUGUCCAUCCUCCGCGCUGAUCUUCUUUCGAUUCUCACAAAAGAAAACUCGCCGUCUCUUCGAACAUUAGAGUCAUAUCUUAAGGAGAAACUCGGCAUGUGGCUUAGUCCUGCCACUCUAGAGCUUCAUCAAAUCACUUGGGAUGAUCCUGCUUCAUUGCUUGAGAAAAUCGUCGCGUAUGAGGCGGUGCAUCCUAUAAGCAACCUCUUGGAUCUUAAAAGAAGAUUAGGGAUAGGUCGUCGAUGCUUUGGAUACUUUCAUCCAUCUAUUCCUGGUGAGCCACUUAUUUUUAUCGAAGUUGCUCUUAUGGAAACCGUUGCUCAGACUAUUCAGGAAGUUUUGUGGGACAAUCCUCCCAUACCAGAGAACCAAGCAACAUCCGCUUUGUUUUACUCUAUUUCUUCAACUCAGCCUGGCUUGGCUGGGAUAAACCUUGGGAAGUUUCUGAUCAAACGAGUGAUUACGUUGGUGAAGAAAGACAUGCCACAUGUUUCUACAUUUGCAACACUCAGCCCCAUUCCUGGAUUCAUGAAAUGGCUCCUUUCGAAGUUAUCAUCUCAGUCAAGAUUUGCUGGAGAUGAUCACAGUGGUAGCACACAGAGCAAUUCACCUUCAUCUACUUUCAGCGAGAGAGUAUUACUACCAGAUGAGGAACAAGCUCUCAUGAGUCUAUCAGAUGAUUCUUCUUUCGGUAGCAACGGCAUGGAAGUUCUGAUGAAUUUGCUAUCGGCAAAGAACAGCAAUUGGGCUACUUCGCCUCGCAUGUUGCCAGUUUUGGAACCUAUUCUCAUGCGGUUAUGUGCUAGGUACCUCUUGCAAGAGAAGAAGAGAGGGAAAGCUUUAGACUCUGUUGCUAACUUCCACUUGCAAAAUGGAGCAAUGGUUGAAAGAAUAAAUUGGAUGGCGGAUCGGUCGGAGAAAGGGAUUCAUCAAAGUGGAGGCAUUAUGGUAAACUAUGUCUAUAGGUUAGAGAAUAUCGAAGACUAUGCUCAAUCGUAUUUCGGGUCGGGCAAAAUCCAUGCCUCUCCUGGUAUCCAUUCCCGUCUCUAA